GAUGACUCACGUCCCCCUUGAAUGGCACACGGCGGAAUGGCGUGUUUAUUUUAUUAUUACAAUCCCCCCGGGGCGGUUGUUUGUGUUGAUUUUUGUUGUGUUUACUCGCUUUAUUUACCUUAUCUCGCUCUAUCCACUUUCAAGUUCCUGACAGUCAGCGCAGCGGUCAGGGGAGACAGUUUGACUCCACGACGACCGACGACGACUUCGCAAAAGUAUCUAUCCUCUCCUCUUCUUUGCCUCCUGCAGGGAUGCUCCAGCAGCGUCGUCUUUGCUUUGAAUGUGGGCGUCCAUCAUUGUCGUCGUUUUUUUCCAACAGAAGAUUUCAACCGACGACAUUCAACAUCAGCAACAGAUGAAAUGAUGAAAAUAGUUUUGUUCAUCUGCCUUCUCAUCGGUUUGGCCGUUGGGGAAUUCGCCGAAAACCGGGAACAUAGGGUCCACAACAUUGUCCUGUAUCCGGACAAACAGUCCUGGUGCGAGACGCAAAAUGUCAGCCAGGUGAUCAGCUAUCCGGGCUGCAAACAGGUCACCAUCGAUAAUAACGUGUGCGUUGGGGGAUGUUUCAGCUAUUCGAUUCCGCACACGGAACCGUCGGAUCCGGGAGAGAUAAUUGUGCCCUACUGUGACAGCUGUCAACCGUCGGAAACGGCCUGGCAUGAUAUCACCUUGGACUGCUCGGAGGACAAUAGCCAGUCAAACGGCGGAGACGAGGAAUCCAAACCAGCGGUCAUGGUCAAGCGGGUACAGAUCAUCAAAAAUUGUUCCUGCACGGCUUGUGAAAAACAGCAGCAUCACAAGAAGCACAAUCACAACCAUCACCAGGAUCACCACAAUCAUCAGGACCACCAUGGGUCUCCUGUGUCGCACUCGACUCAAGGAUCCCUGAUCCAAGACGACAUUCCCGAACUGCUCGAAGUUGUUCCCUACAGCGAAAACGAUACGGAACUGGUUCAACAUUCCCCAGUUCAUUCACACCAAACCGGAAAUCACGGAACUUAUCUGGAGCAGCAUCAUCUGAACCAUUACGUGCAUCACAGUCACACGGAUAAUGUUAAGAAGCUGUUGCAUCAGAAAAUUUCAACGCUAAUGAAAAACAUCGAAGAAUCCGAUACCAAACACGACCGGGAACAGCUGGUCGAAAUGAUCAAACUCAUCAAGGGUUCCAGCGAUCGCAAUUGGGAUGAUUUGAUUGGGUCACUGCAAUCCGAAAAUUCGAUCGUCGAUUUCGAGCGGCUCCGGGCUGAGCUGGAAGUUGAGGAAGAAGCCCCGGAAUUCCACCCGAAGCCAAACAGUGCCGAACAGCAAGAUCACAAUCUGCUGUUGAAGCAUCAAUUUGACGUUACACGACAGCAUCCGACGCAUGCCCUCGCUGGAGAUCAUCAGGGGCAUCAUCGAGAUCGGCAUCACCAAAACAACAACCAUCACCAUCACCAACACCAUGGGAUCGGGGAACGCGUCGACGGACAUCAUCACCUGGAACGGGGACCACACGGAUCGCUGGUGGCGGUAUCGGACGAGGAAGAGUUCCGGGUCGCCCAGCUGGGUCACGAGCAUGAGAUCAAGGAAAAAAUCAACAUUCACCCGCACGAGCUGAAACCGAACCACGUCGGAACUGUGCUGACUUACGAUAAUCAUCACAGUGACCGCAAGAAGGAAACUGCUGGCGUUGGUGCUGCUUCGGCCACCGGAAGUAGCAGCUCCGAGGAGGGUCAGAGCAAGUGAAAGGUGGAGAAGGCAAUAGCAAUUGUUUUAGGCAUCUAGUCGUUAGUGAUUCAUCUUGUUUUUUUCUUCCCUUAAAAAGUUUUUUUUUAAACCCGUUCAUCACAGUUUGAUGUGAGGAAGGCCAUGUCCUAAAUUAUUACUGGUUCGAUUGGUAAGAGUUCAGAUUUCAAGGUUUAUUUUCUCUUAUUUUACAUAAUCAGCUCAAAGGUCGAGAGCAAUCUAUACCCGGCGUCGUAUUGAUGUGAACCCCACAUUUUUUUAAGUUAUCCUAUUUAUUUUUGUUUCCGUUGGUAUGACCGAUAUUUGAAGGCGCGCUGGUGAGAUCAGGAAGUGAUCUACGGGAAGAAAACAAAACUCAUAUAAUAUUUUGGCCCAUAUUGUGCAGCUAAAUUCAUAGGAAAAUUUCAGCUUGAAAUGAGAAACAUUUAAAAACAAAACGAAUGAUUGAACCCGUUUAGAAGGCUCAAAUAAUUAUGUACCGUAAACAGAUUCUAACAAUUAUUAUCCAACAAGUGGG